AUGGGGCAGCGGGCAGUAAAAUUGCAAUUGCACAAGGGAGGAGGAGGAGGAGGAGGGGGAGGAGGAGGAGGAGGAGGAGGAGGAGGAGGAGGAGGAGGAGGAGGAGGAGGAGGAGGAGGAGGAGGAGGAGGAGGAGGAGGAGGAGGAGGAGGAGGAGGGGGGGUUGGGGGGGGCACAAUGCAGCUGCACAAUAGGGGCCGCGGUUCAGCUUGCCUGGCAGGCGUUCACAAGAUGGGAGGAAGAGGGGGACAGGGCACGGAAUGGGCCUUGAGAAUCUCCACCGUGUCCACCACUGAUAGGCCGGUUCAGCUUGCCUGGCGUGCAGACGAGGGGGUUAAGGGAACAGGAGUGAGAGGCACGGCGCACACGGAGAGGUGA